AUGUCUGCAAUUUUGCAACUCCCUCUCAGAGGGCUCGUCCUCAUCAUCAAAUAUACACUUGAACCAAUAGUCACAGGUACGAUUCUCGGCUUACUGCUGUACACUCCGGAACCGACACGGAGAAGUGCCCUGGAAUUAACAUAUCUCUCACACAUCAACGACCUGCACACUCCCAUACGCAUAUUGGGUUUUCUAACUGCAGUUGGUGUUGUCAGGAAGACCAAUGCAGCUCUCAACUCAUGGGCUACAAACAAUUGGCAGAUAUGUGCAGGCCAAGGCUGGAACUGGAGCUCUGAAAUUGCAGUCGUUACCGGAGGAUGCAGUGGGAUCGGAAAAGCUGUCGCAGAAACUCUCGCUUCACACGGGAUCCGUGUAGCAGUGCUCGACGUACAAGACGCACCCGACGAGUUUGCAUCAAACCACCUACUGACCUACUUCCGGUGCGACAUCUCCAGUCCUACUGCGAUAGCAGAAACGGGGGAUAAAAUUCGCAAAGAUCUGGGGCAUCCAUCAAUCCUCGUCAACAACGCCGCCAUCACGGGCUCUCAUACAAUAUUAAAGACCCCAAGCGAGUUCCUUAGCCGCAUAUUUGACACAAACAUCCUCUCACACUGGCGGCUGGUUCAGCAAUUCGUUCCAGACAUGGUGGCAAAGAACAAAGGCCACAUCGUGACGGUGGCAAGCGUCAACUCGUUCUUAACGAACUCGGCUAAUGCAGACUAUGUGGCGACUAAGACUGCGGCGCUGUCAUUUCACGAAGGCCUUACUAGCGAGUUGAAGAUCUGGUAUCAUGCGUCUGGUGUCAAGACUUCAAUUGUGCAUCCGAGCUGGGUGCGCACGCCAUUGAUCGAGGAGUCAAUAUUGAAGAGUGGCCAAGACCCGAAGAUUCUUGAGACCAUGUUGAGGCCAGAGGAGGUAGCAGAGGUUAUUGUAGAGCAGAUUAUUAGCAGGCGUGGUGCUCAGCUCUUUAUUCCGAGUGCUGCGGCGCCUAUCUCAUGGUUGAAGGGGUUUCCAAAUUGGGCUCAGGAGUUUGUUAGGGAUGCGUUUGGGAAGACGAGUGCUGUUACUGGUGGUUCAAUGAUCGCGUACUAA